CCCAUAAUAAAUCACACCUAAAUUCGAAAGGAUAUUUUAUGAUAAAAGGAAAGAAAAAAAAAAAAAGGAACUGGACACUUGCCUUUCAAGACACUCGUCUUGUUCCAAUUUCACUGGGCCAGAGGCCCAGAGCUCAGAAGGAUCAUUGGCUGAACAGACCUUCUACUGAUACAACGAGACCUAGCUGUCCCAUUUUCCUCCCUUGUUUCAAUUAUUGGGUUGGGCCGAAAGUCUUUAACAAACUUCUGGAUCGUUCUCGAACAAUAGAAAAAUAGGAAUCCACAAGAAAUGCUAGCUAGUAUAUGUCGCCUCAUCGAUUUUCUUCCCCAACAAGAUUCCAAGUUAUAAAGAAGAAUCGCUAAUUCCGAUUCAGAUCAUUGACGCCGUUUCCCACCGCUCUUCCGAGUUCGUACUGAAAUUUCCUCCUCCACCGCCGCCGCCGUCCAAUGUCGUCUCCGGGCGAGUACUACCUUUCCCUUCCACCGAUCAUCAGGGCUUAUGGCACCGCGUGCCUGGCGGUUACUACAGUCUGUUCGCUCCAGCUGCUUCAUCCGGCGUAUAUAGCAUUGAUAUAUGAAGACGUGUUCUACCGGUUACAGGUGUGGAGGCUUGUUACUAGUUUCUUCUUUCUUGGGAAAUUCUCCAUCAAUUUUGGUAUUCGGCUCUUGAUGAUAGCACGGUAUGGUGUUCAACUGGAGCAGGCAACAUUUGACAGGCGUACUGCUGAUUUUCUCUGGAUGAUGAUCUUUGGAGGCUUGACGCUUCUGGGUCUGUCGGCCAUCCCUUUUCUGUGGAACCCUUUCUUGGGCAUUUCACUUGUGUUCAUGCUGCUUUAUGUCUGGAGCAGGGAGUUCCCAAAUGCUCAAAUCAACAUGUAUGGCCUGGUGACCUUUAAGGCAUUUUAUCUACCCUGGACCAUGCUUGCCCUGGAUGUUAUUUUUGGGUCUCCAAUUUUGCCCGACCUUCUGGGGAUCAUCGCUGGUCAUUUAUACUACUUCCUAACGGUGUUGCACCCGCUCUCAACUGGGAGAACCUAUCUGAAGACUCCAAGAUGGGUACAGAAGGUGGUGAGAAGAUAUAGAAUAGGAGCUCCAGCACAAGUGAAUUCCCGAGCGGCGGCUCAGCAGCCUGAGCAGCAGCCUGGCACAGGAACAGCCUUCAGGGGAAGAUCCUAUAGACUGAGUGAUUAGUUGCCAUGGUGAAUCUCUCCGCACCAUUUUGUUCAGAAUUGUCGAUACAGAAACUAACCAAGGAAGAAAGUUAUAAAGAGACUUGAAAAGGAGUUUUGCUGUGUAGAGGUCGUUGUUGGCGUUGAAGAGGAUGAAUCUGCUCGUUUCUGUUCCUUCUCGACUGACGCUUGGUGACGUUUUGAUGUAUCGUCUGUGUUUUCUUUUCACCUGGCCUGUAUCCAGUACUUGUAUAAAGUAAACAGAGAAGGAUGAAAUAGUUUAACAAUUGUUGGCAGAUUGGCUUUCUUUGAAUUGGGCAUUACCGUUCUCUAAUUGUGGAAAUUUGGGAACAUGUUAUCGCCAUUCCGUUUCUUAUAAAUGUGACGAAAGAAAACAAAAUGAAAACGAAACGAAAGAAAAUAAAUUAAAAUAAAAAUGAUUUAGUUAC